AUUUUCAUAGGUGACUGUCAGCCUCUGGAUGUCUCUUCUGUGCAUCAUAACAACACAUUUUUGAAGUACUCUGUAUCAUUGCUGGGUUACGGUUUUUAUGGAGAUUUAUUAAAAGAUAGCGAAAAGAAGCGGUGGAUGGGUCCAAUGAGAUAUGACUACUCAGGCUUCAAGACUUUUCUUUCUCAUCAUUACUAUGAAGGAACAAUUUAUUUUCAACCAGCAAAACACACAGUGGGAUCUCCACGAGAUAAAGAUAGCUGCAGAACAGGAUGUUACAUUUGCAAGAGAAGUGAGCAACAGCUGGCAGAACAGCACAAGGAGUAUGGAUUAAAGCAUGAAGAAGAUGAAGAAGAAUGGAAGGUUAUUAAAGGGAAAUUUCUAGCCAUCAAUGCAGUAAACAUGAGCUGUGCCUGUCCACGAAGUCCAAAAGGUCUUUCACCAGCAGCGCAUUUGGCAGAUGGUUCAGCUGACCUCAUUGUAGUUCGUAAAUGCUCCAGAUUUGAUUUUCUACGGUAUCUUGUCAGACAUACAAACCAGGAUGAUCAGUUUGAUUUCUCAUUUGUAGAUGUUUAUCGGGUGAAGAGUUUUCAAUUUACAUCAAAGCUUUCAGAAGACAAUGAAAGCAAUGUCACAGACAUAGGAAAGAAACGAUUUGGCCAGUUCUGCAGAGAUCAUCCAGCCUGUUGCUGUAAUAUUGCUAAUAGCACCUGGAAUUGUGAUGGAGAAACUCUGGACAGUUCAGCAAUUGAAGUGAGAGUUCACUGCCAGUUAGUGAAACUAUUUGCAAGAGGAAUUGAGGAAAACUGUAAAGAUGAAGCUGCCUGCAGCCAGAGUAGCGUUGAACAAUUACUAUAGACAUUGUUCCUCCAGUGAGGAGAAGAAAAAAAUAGCAGCUCAAGGAAAUUGAGUAAAUAUGCAUUUUAGUCAAAUUGACAAGUAUUUUAAAAUUUUAGAUUUUUUUUUUUAUGGCUUCAGUUUAAUUUUAGACAUUGCAUUGUGUCAUUUUUAUAAAAACAUUGUAAUCAUUAAAAUAUAUCUUGGAGGAAUGUAAUCUAAGUUAUGUUAGAAAAGAGAGAACUGACUUAUAUAUAUGUAUUCAUGAUGACCGAUAAAUUCUUUGUGCUUUUCUAGAGAGCUAAUUUAGCAGUUGGAUUGCAAUAAUAUCUAAAUGUUAUAAAACAUUAGACUUUCCAUUGUCAUCAAACCAAGAUAUCAUGACAAGAUAUUUUUGGUGUCUGAGAAGACAUUUUCAGCUGGAAGUGUUAUGUAGUUGCAUGUGGCUUAAAUGCUGGACAACAGUGUUUUUAUUUGCAUCUUUUUUUAGUAAAAUCUUUGAUUUUGUAAUUCUGACUAUACC